UUGGUUUGAAGUCAGCGGAGUGAAGAAAGAGGAGCGGAGAGGAAUGACGGAGUUUACUGUUAUAACUCCAGAAACACGGACUUCACACGAUAUUAGCAUACAGACAGGACCACGAAAAUGAUAUUAUAGAAGUAGUUUAACAUGAAAGAAAAACUUUAGAGGUGAGUUUUUGGGGGGAGACGCAGAGGUUGACGGGGCAGUCCGCUGAGGGCUAACGUUAAACAUGGAUGUCCGGGGAGCAACGGUGCGGCUCUGAGCAGGAAUUAAGGCCGUUUCUGGGUUAUUUCUGGUCGGGAGUUUGGCUCCAGCAGCGGCAGCAGCCUAUUUACCAGGUUUAAAAUUCAAGGCUGUGACUUCUUGUAGCGCCCAUCACCUAAGAUGUUGAAGCUGUGGAGGCGAGACGUGCCGCUCUCGGAGAGGCUGGGGGAGGACUCUCCUCUGGCCGCAGCACCCGUCCCCCCGCCAACGGCAGCUCCGACGGGCCCCAACAUUUCAUGGCUCCCAGAAGCCCCACUGCUGGGCCAAGACCCGCCCAUCUUCCUCAUGACCCCUGCUGCUCAGGCUGUGUCUGGCUUCUUCGUCUGGACCGCACUCAUCCUCACCUGUCACCAGAUCUACAUGCACCUACGUUUCUACAGCUCGCCAAGGGAGCAGCGCCACAUUGUACGGAUCCUCUUCAUCGUUCCUAUCUACGCCUUCGACUCUUGGCUCAGCCUCCUUUUCUUCACCAACGACCAGUACUACGUGUACUUUGACACCGUCAGGGACUGCUAUGAGGCAUUUGUAAUUUACAACUUCCUGAGCCUGUGCUAUGAGUACCUGGGAGGAGAGAGCGCCAUCAUGGCGGAGAUCAGAGGGAAACCCAUCGAGUCCAGCUGUAUGUAUGGCACCUGCUGUCUGAGGGGGAAGGCCUACUCCAUAGGCUUCCUGCGGUUCUGUAAGCAGGCCACUCUGCAGUUCUGCGUGGUCAAACCACUGAUGGCCAUCAUCACGGUCAUCCUGCAGGCCUACGGCAAAUACAAGGACGGAGACUUCAAUGUUGCCAGCGGUUACCUGUACGUGACCAUCAUCUACAACAUCUCCGUCAGCUUGUCCCUGUACGCCCUCUUCCUCUUCUACUUCUCCACCAGGGAGCUGCUCAGCCAUUACAGCCCCAUGCUCAAGUUCCUCAUGGUCAAGUCCGUCAUCUUCCUCUCCUUCUGGCAGGGCAUGUUGCUAGCCAUCCUGGAGAAGUGCGGGGCCAUACCCCAGAUUAACUCAGAGGAGGUGUCUGUCGGCGAGGGGACGGUCGCCGCCGGCUAUCAGAACUUUAUCAUUUGCAUAGAGAUGUUUUUCGCGGCGCUGGCUCUGCGCCACGCUUUCACAUACAGAGUCUACAUGGACAAGAGUCUUGAUUCACAAGGACCCGUUCCUACAUAUGGAGAGUUUGGCCGCCGUGCCCCGAUGAAGAGCAUCUCCAGCAGCCUGAAGGAGACCAUGAACCCGGGUGAUAUGGUCCAGGAUGCCAUCCACAACUUCUCCCCAGCCUACCAGCAGUACACCCAGCAGUCCACGCUGGAGCAAGGGGCACCACCACCUGUCUCCCGCACCCACAGCGCCGUCAGCGGCCGCGGCGACACAGAGAAGACGCUCCUGCUCAGCUCUGAUGACGAAUUCUAGAGCAGGACGUGUCACUUUUACAGCUGAAUCAGAUUCAGACUGUUUAAAUGGCAGAUGGAACCUAGACCUCUUGUGCAGCCGGCCCUCUUUAAUGUGUGAAUGAUUAGAGAGGUUUGAUUUUCCUGUUUUUGAGACUGAUCACAAAUACGAGGAUCUUCCUGCAUAAACAUUUCUGCUCCCAAGAAUCCUACUCAGUGGGAACUCCUAAAGCUAAUUUGGCAUUAAAACCGUUGGCCAGAAAAGGAAAAGGGUUGUGUUGGUGCUUGGAAAGUUUGUGAGUCACACUCUUACAUACUGAAUCAUACUUGACUUUUGGAACAAAAGUUUUCUGGCUUGGGCAGAAACUUAAUUUCAGCUCAGUCAUGUGGCAUUGUAAUCAUUCUAAUGGAUGUUUUUUUUUUAUUUUGUUCUGGGCCCAGAUUGGUUUACAUUUUGAAGGCCCUGUUGUUUUCACAUAGUCACUGGCUGUGUUUAUUAAGCCAAGAAAACCCUUAAGAAGUUGAAUUUCCAUGACUGGAGGUAGAAAAUAUUUUAUAAAAGUUUUGAACUUUUAAUUUUGUAAUCUUAUAUUUUGAUAUUAUUUGCAACAAUUUAAUAAAUUAGUUCAUCUGCAAAUACAUUACAGAAGCUGUUUUCAGUAUCGUAGCAGUCUUGUGGUACAGUCAUAAAAAUGUGGUGCGACGUUUAUGGAAAACGUGUAGAUGAACUGUGAGUGAACUGGGACGACCCUGGUGCAUUGUGGGAUUUUUAAGGGACAUCCUUCGCUGUUUUGGAUUUCAAGGGAAACCGAGUGAAGACCAUUAGUUAAUGUCAGUUGUACGGAUCAAUAUAUUAUUGAUAUUAGCGGAGCAGAUGAGGGUAGAUGAUAGAUUAUGCAGUGCAUCUGUUAUGGGGAGCGAAGGGCAGCAGCAAUAGAGCUGGUCAGGAUUACACUGGUGUAAUUGGGGCGUUAUUUGAAUGGGCUGGAUUAAAGCUGGAGCUAAUUCACUCAGGGAGUAGACCUCCGCAGGCCACAAUGUAGGUUAACUGGACUGAGGGAAAAACAAGAGCAGAAUAUAGGUUAAACUUUAGACGCUUGUUCACAGCAGAGGAGUAUACAUACAUGAAUCCUAAUGUUAAAGAUUUAUUGUGCUUAAUUUUCUCAUGGUCAACUUUAAAGGUAUACUAAGUAGGAUAUUCCUAAAAAGUAUAGACUCAUACAGAUGUAAACCCUAUCAACCAUCACUUAUGACCCACUGGGCGGUGUAUUUAUCUGCAGAGACUCUGCCCUCUGCCUACAUUUUCUUAUUUUCUUCUUAUCUUGUAUGUGCGGGACAUUUAUGGGUGUAUACCCUUUAGUGCUCAGGACUUUAUAAAACGGUAGUGACCAUGUUCUAGACCGUACGCAGCAGGCAUCUGCUGACAAUCCUGCAGAGUAUACCUUUAAAUUUGUCUGAGUAGUCCAUCCGUCUAUCACCCUGAUGUUCCUAAAUGGCUCCAGAUACAUAAGAAAGACUAAAAUCCAUCCACAUAAAGUCAGUUUUCUGCUCUUGCUCUAACACACUCACUGUAGUGACAUCUCUGUCAGCAGUCAGGCUCCAUUGUUGUGAGUGUUCCUGCUUGUACGGACCUAAGCCUUUAGCUUAACUACUAUUUUGCACAUUAUACAGCUAUUAUAAUGAGGUACGGUAUAUUUGAAAGCUGAAAAAAGAAUAUUAUUACAGUAAUAUUGGAAUAUAUAUUCACUGUACCACAUUUCAAAGCUAUGCAUUUACAAUAUGAUCAGUCAAUAUUCUUUCAAUAACAUUUGAUGUGUAACUUUUGAUGCUCUUCUGUUCUUCCAGUCAUUUUUUGUCAGAUUUAACUUCACCACAGCCAGAGCUUUUUUUUUUCUCCACAUAAUUGAAGUUCUUGAGUCAUCCGAAUGAGUCAUGCCGAAUCUGCCGACGUGUUCACUGUAACUGCUGUCACUGCUCUGCCGUGGCUGCGUAUGAACACCAGGGGGCCGUGUGGAGGAGACGUGAACACAUUCACACUCCUUAUCUACAAGCAGACAGGCACUUAUCACACUUUAGGCUUGGCGCACAUGUAACUGCUUUGUUGGAGCACCAGUUUUUUUUAUCUCCUCAUCACUCUGUGGGUUUCGUCAGAGGAAUGAAGUCAGCCUCAGGCCGGUCAUGGUUUUUUUUUUGUAUUUCUGCUUCUGCCUGGCAUAAUAUUGGUUUUAAAUAGGACAGAAGCCACGUCUGUGCACAGGAGCAGUGUCCUAUUUUUAGACAUUGCUGAGUGUUGUCUGGGUAAUUGGGUUUCUGGAUUUCCAUGACUGAGCUUGGAGCAGCAAAAGUGACCCUGCAUUACUUGUGUAAAAGCACUGGUCAGUUCAUUGUGCGGCAGUUAACAUGCUCAAACACUGAAUGACAGUGCUGAUAUUUUUUAGUUGAAGAAAGUUUUUGUGCAUCAGUUGGUUUGCUUCAUGCUUCAAACUGAAAAAAAAAAGUCUUAUCAGGAUGGAUGUCAGGCGUACUGCACUUUGAAUGCCAUAAUUCACUUUCAAGCUUCACCCUCUUUCUGUAUGUCUUUAUUAUCUGCUGACGUGUGACGUGUCCCGAUGUGUGUGAGUCGAGCUGAGGAAACGCCGCAGACUGAUGUUGUAAAUACACUUUUAAGUGCUGUCUGUGGGAGGAGUUGUCGUGGUGUAUGUUGGUGUAGUCAUAUAUGCUGUUAAUACGGAGCACAUUUGGGAAAAAAAAGACCUAGUUUUGUAUUUUUAUUUCAUAACUGUCUUUUUUUAUUUCAAUGACUGUUUUGGUUUCUAGUUCUUUGUAUAUGAUGAAGCUGCUCAUGAUGCUGAUAUUUUAUGUCAAAAUGGAGGAAUAUCUGAGGGGAUAAUAAAACAUAUUUAGUCUGCUAUGUAAUUAA